AUGACGAGUGCGAACUUCCGUCGUCUAGAAAAGGAUUAUCCGUGGAUCGCAAAUCCACUCAUUGCAUCAGCGCCCAUGCUCAAUAUCGCGACUGCAAAGCUUGCAGUCGCGGUCUCCUCCGCCCGGGGGAUUGGAUUCAUUGCCGGCGGAUACGAUCUCUCGGGCCUGGAACAACAGCUCAUUGAAGCACAAGAUCUUGUCCAUGAGGCCAAUUUUCACGGUUCUCACCUUCAACACAGUCUGAGUGAGCCCCCCAUUCUCCCCGUUGGAGUGGGUUUCUUAAACUGGGGUGCAUCUCUGGAAAUCGCGCUGCCCUUGAUCCAAAAGUACCGACCCUGCGCAGUUUGGCUCUUUGCACCGAAGACUGGCGCAGACGACCUCUUACCUUGGGUCCAAGUCAUGCGGUCCAAGGUCCCUUACCACAUCAAGAUCUGGGUGCAACUUUGUUGUUUAGAGGAUGCAGUAGAAUAUACGGAGAAGUUGCAACCGGAUGUUCUUGUCGUCCAAGGAAAUGAUGCCGGUGGUCAUGGAUUUGCUCGGUCUGCCAGUAUUGUCACUCUUAUUCCCGAGGUCUUAGAUCAAUUGGAGUCAAGGAAGUCGAGUUUGACCUUGAACGUCGGAAAACCGUUUGUUGUUGCAGCGGGUGGCAUCAGUGACGGUCGAGGGUUGGCAGCUGCAAUGAUUCUGGGCGCGGAUGGAUGUGCUAUGGGGACUCGAUUUCUGGCUUCCCCGGAGGCACAAAUCGCGAAAGGCUAUCGGAAUGAAAUCCUUCGAGCCUCGGACGGUGGUGUGAGUACAGUACGGUCGACCGUUUAUGACAAAGUCCGAGGGAUCUAUGGUUGGCCAACGAAGUAUGAUGGACGUGGUCUGAUCAAUCGAUCAUACGAGGACAUCAUGAACCAGGAGGUCACUGAGGAAGAGAAUCGACGUCUGUACGAGGUGGAGAAGCUCAAGGGGGAUGAUGGUUGGGGACCUCAAGGCCGUAUGACCACCUAUGCAGGAACCGGGGUAGGCCUUAUACGAGAUGUGAUGCCGGCAGCACAGAUCGUGACGAAGACCCGGUGCGAUGCGAUGCAGAAUCUCCAGAAACAACUUCAUCCUGCUAAAUUAUGA